AUGCAUUCCUUUAACAUCAUAAUCACUCUAAUUGUGAUCAACAUUUAUGCAUUCAGCGUCCCCGACAACCUCGCCCAGCUUUACCGCAACCACAAAGCAGGAUGUAAGAACGUCAUUGCUAGCGGCUUCAACGACGGCACCAGCGCCUCGCGGCCUACUCAAUACUGCGGCGACAUCCCCGGAGCGUUGUUUAUCAGCACCGCUGGGGGCUAUGCCGACAUGGACGUCGACUGCGAUGGCGCCUCGUCGACCUCCGGGGGGUGCGGCAACGACCCUUCCAACCAGGGCCAGACCACAUUCCAGGACCAGGUCCGUCCGUUCGGAAUCAAUAAUCUGAACGCCAACAUCCACCCAUAUGUGGUCUUCGGGAACACGAACUUCAGUCCGCAGCAGUAUGGUGUGCAGCCGCUGAGUGUGAUGGUGGUUGUCUGUGGUGAGCAGUUGUUCUACGGUAUCUGGGGCGACACGAAUGGGGGAAGCAAGACGGGUGAGGCAUCCAUCUCGUUGGCGAGAUUGUGCUUUGGGUCUGGGAUAUCUGGCAACAGUGGUCAUAGCCAAGCUGAUGUGCUGUAUCUUGCGUUCACGAGUGGUGAUGCUGUGCCCGGGGGCAGUGCGGCUUGGACGGCGACGAGCACGGAUGAGUUCCAGCGGAGUAUCAAGUCUCUCGGCGAUCAGCUUGUCGCCGGCCUUGGGACUUGAAAGGCGUCUAUAGAUUCUGUCGCCGCGCCUGUCAUGGCUCGAAAGUUGAUCGCUAUGAUGACGCUUGGGGUGUGCAUUCUGAUGAUGGCGG